CCAAUAUGGCGGGUUUAAUCAAAUCUCCUCGACGAAGGUAGAGGGUUGCAUAAUUUUAUUUGAAGGAUUAUUAAAGGCUUUCGAGAUGUUUAGGGUCGAAAAGCUGCUUAAAUAUGUAACCAGAGCGACAAAUUGUUUGAAUCGUCGGCAAAUUCGCGGCAAAACUCAAGAUGUAUUCGCAUGGAAGAUGGACGCCUCCUCGAAAGAUACCCCUUUCAUUGUUGUACAGAGCCCGUACACUGUAAAAAUACAGCCAGUGAAUCCUAUGGAAUAUAUAGAGAACGUAGAUACUGAUGGUCAGUCUGUGAAAGGAAAUGUCUACUUAGAAACAGACGAUGAGGGAGACCUUGCACCAGAUUUAAAGAAUUCAUUUAUGAAGGAUAUUAAUUUCAACGUGAGACCUGUCAGCUCCAAUUCCAAGGACUAUUUGGAGGUAACAUGCUCAGAACAACAACAAUACCAGUACCCUACAAAGAACAUCACCCUGCACUUUCAAGUUCCUGCUGCAUGUGGUGUUGAUAUUAAUGUGAGGGGUGAUGCCAGCAUUGAUAUCAAAGACUUAGAAGGUGGACCCUUUGAAAUGGUGACUAAUCAAGGUGCAUGCUGCUUGAAGAAUCUGAAGGGAUCAAGCUUGAGAGCUUCAUCAAACUAUGGUGACAUCAUAUGUCAGUCUCAGUUGCUGUUUGAACAUGGAUUUUUAGAAACUAAGAAGAAAGGGACGAUAUCUGUGAAAAAAUUACAAGGGAAGGAAUUUAAUUUAAAAACAGAGCAUGGAGAUGUUGAUGUUGGAGCUACCUAUCUCCUAAAGGCCAAAUUUGCAUCUAAAAGUGGUUGUAUUAAAUUAGGAGAUGUGCAUGGUUUUACUGAGAUUCGUGCUGAGGAUGGAAACAUAUCAAUUGGUUCAACUGCUGGUCAAUUGGAAGCUUUUACAGGAAGAGGCAGCAUAGAUGUAAACUUAUCUCAACAUGAGGAUGUAGUGCUAAACACAAAUGAAGGAGACAUUACCGUCAAGUGUUUGCAGGAAUCGUUUUCUUCAGAGUUCUUGGUGAGGUCAAAACAUAUUCACGUCGAUUCAAACAUUGACGUUGUCAUUGAUAAAGAACGUGCAGAAGGGAACUUUACCGUCAUGACGGGAGAACUUAACAAAAAAGACAAGAAGGAGGAAGGGGUAAAAACGAUCAAAGCGGAAGCAAAACUUGGAACUGUGAAGUUUGAGAAGGAAGACUGGUUUAGUUCUCUCAAAUUGAGUUAAUAUCAUUUUGGAAUGAACUGGGAAUUUACAGCAGUAAAUUAAUUGGUACAAUAA